AUGAGAUCCGCUCCGUAUCCAACCCCUGCGGAAUUGGAUGCUUAUGCUAAGAAGAUUGCCAACAACCCCCUGACCAUCAAGAUCUUCCCCAACAGCGUCAAGGUCCCCCAGAGGAACCACGUGCGCCGCACAGUCAACGGGCUGGAUACUUCAGGCCAGCGCUACAGCCCCUACCCCCCAUCUCAGGCCAACGCCAAGUCCGGCCUCCUUGCCAUCGUCAAGGUGCCCGUCGUCAAGGGCAUCCUCAAAGACUUUGACGGCAGCCGGGCGCGCCUGCACCCCUCUGGGGUCAUCAUGAACCCCCCUGGCCCCGGGGGGCCCUUCACAGCAGCCGCUUCGGCCAGCACUUUAAACCUCCACCACCCCCCUUCCCAAGGCCAGGGCGGGUCCCAGUCUCAGCAGAGCGUGAACCCUCAACUUGGGAGCCAGACUCACCCCCAGCCUCUACAACAGACUCACCCCCAGCAGCAGCAGGGCCUCAGACACCCACCCUGCAUGCAGCAGCACCCGCAACCGGAUCUGCUCAGGCCCCAGACUUUGUCCCACCCCCAAGCACUGGGCCACCCCCAACCUCCUCCUGGUCUCACCCUUUUGCUCCAACAGCAGCAGCAACAGCACCUUCAGCAGCAGGGGCAGCCUCCUCCUGGACUGCAGGGUGGCCGGAAGCUGUCCGACGCCGACGCACCGCCUAACGUGACCGUCUCUACCUCAACCAUUCCGCUCACCAUGGCUGCUGGCCUGAACCAGGGCCGCCAGCCAGACCUGAGCAGCAUCGUGCACCAGAUCAACCAGUUCUGCCAAGCCCGGGCCCAGGGGGCUGGAGCCACCUCCAUGUGCGAAGGCCAGAUUGCCAACCCCAGCCGCAACCUCUUUAACAACGCCUGCUCCAGGGUGUCCAUGCACAGCAACCCGCACCCCAACGCCUGCCCCCCCGGCCUGCCCCCACACCCCAACUGCAUCAUGUGUCCCGCAGACAAGGCUGCUGCCCCCGCAAACCCCCAAAACAACAUGGCUGCCAUGAACAGGAUGCCUGUUUACCACAAUGAUAUCAAACAGCAGCAGCAUCAACAGCAUUUACAACAGCAGCAUCAACAGCAUUUACAACAGCAGCACCAACAGCAUUUGCAGCAGCAUCAACAACAACAACAACAACAACAACAACAACAACAACAACAUAAUCACCAACAGCAGCAGCAGAUGCGCUGGAACCAGCACCAGUUGGCUUACCUACAGCACAUGCAGCAGGAUGGUGGGGGCCACCCCUGCAAGCACCCCUCCCGCAUGGGCUACCCCCCGGAGCUGUGUGUGGGCCAGCCAUACAGCCUGAAGCCUCCUAUAGAGAAGCCCACCCCCUCUCCCCCCGUCAACAACAACGGCAUGCCUGGGGGUCCACUGGCCCAUUACACCAACGGUGGCCACUACUUCCAGCCACACACUGUGUGGAACAGCAGCAUCCUGCCCACGCCCAACAGCGACAGCUCCGGGUCUCAGGACCUGGCCAUGCCGUUCCAUGUGGGGGCCUCAGGGGUCACCACCACGCUAGACUGCGGCGGGCCCCCUGGGGGAGGCCAUUACAGGACCGGGGGCGGCGGCUCCACCUCCUCCUCCUCCUCCUCCAGCCAGACUAGUCUGAUGAAAACAUCAGAUUACGUGGGCGGGGACUUCCAGACGCCCUGCUUCCGAGAUCAGAAUCUGGGGCUGAUGGGCAAGAUGCACAGGCCUCCAAUGAACAGGGUGGGGCCCGAGGUUGGCCCAGGGGACGGCAGAACCGCUCACAUCCAGCACCCAGGGUACAGAUAA